CCGUCUAAAAACUACACAACCCACUAGUAGCACCGUCCUUCUGCCUAGCCUCUGGAAAAGUCAUACACUUUCCAUCCGGUUUAUCGUACUGCGGCGCCACAGAAAAACUCUUGAUCGUAUACAACGUAGUACCACAAGAUCCUCCAUCAUUACUCUAACAUUCAAACCCAUACCAUGAAUACGAUCGCACUUCUGCACAAUUCUCUCCCGGAUACACUGAUACAAUGCGAGAAGCAUCAUAUCCCGCUUGAUAUCUCUUGUCAUCACCCUGUUCUGGAGAAAUCAGGCGGUAGAGGAUGGACGAGUAAUUCGCAAAAGAAUCCUAGAGGUAGGAGUUUUGGAUGGUCCAGUGAAUUCCAAGGGUUUCCGGGUCGUUGUUUUGUUGCUAGGCGAAAGUGUCUUAUGUCAUGUUUAUGUAUCCGGAAGUCGUGGUGUCGCCGAAGUAUUCGCGUAGACUAAAGCAGUGGCCGCCGAUGGGUUAGGCGUGGGUUGUGGUUAUGAAAG